UAGAGAAAAUCAUGUGAUUGUGGUCAUUUUUUUCUUACGCAGCAGUCACCUGUCGGGAGAAAAUCGUAAUUACGCCUGCAAUUUGAAGAAGGAACAGCAGCAAUAUGGCGGCCCAAAUACGCACAGUUGUGACGCAGACAUUUCUGUCGCUCUUCGUCGCCGUCUCCGUCAUCCUCAUCCUGUACUUUGUGAUGACUGGCAAGGGCGAGCGAGUGAGUGUCGGUUGGUUCUUGGCCUCCUCGAGUCCCUACAUGUGGGCCUGUCUGGGAAUUGGACUCUCCGUAGCACUGUCAGUGGUGGGCGCCGCCCUGGGCAUCCAUACAACUGGCACCAGCAUUGUGGGCGGCGGUGUUAAGGCUCCCCGCAUCAAGACCAAGAAUUUGAUCUCCGUCAUUUUCUGCGAAGCUGUGGCCAUUUACGGUUUGAUCACUGCCAUUGUAUUGUCCGGACAACUGGAACAGUUCCAAAUGGAGGUGGCCUUGAGCUCAACAGCCAUACAGAACACGAAUUGGUUCUCUGGCUAUUUGAUUUUCGGCGCUGGCCUUGCCGUCGGUCUGGUCAAUCUUUUCUGCGGUAUUGCUGUCGGCAUUGUUGGCUCCGGAGCUGCUCUCUCAGAUGCUGCCAACGCCGCGCUCUUUGUCAAGAUUUUGAUUGUGGAGAUUUUCGGCUCGGCCAUUGGUCUCUUCGGUCUGAUUGUAGGCAUUUAUAUGACAUCCAAGGCGAAGAUGGGCGACAAGGAUUAAGGCGACAUAAAAUUCAUCUCUGAUCCACUGUCGAUCCAUUAUCAUCUGUCCGCAUUGAGGAAAAAACAGCAUGAAAGUCAUCCAAAGUCAUUCCCCCCAUCCUUUACCUCUAAACAAAAAAAAAACAACAAAAACGAAAAAGAUAUAUAUCCAAAAAACACAAUAACAUCCGUGUUAUUUUUUUUGGUUUUUUGGAAAUUACAACAACUCGUUAUAUGCAGUUACAGUUUCUUUCGGCUUCAACAAACAUGGGACUUUAUGUUACUUAAGUUAAAUAGUUACAUUUGCAUACAUACAUGCAUAUAAAAUUAAGUUUUUUAAUUACUCUUCAAUGUUAAUCAAUUUUCACGCCCAGCCUGUUUAAUGCAAUUGUCAGCAUCAAUCAAGUUGUCAUUGAAUGUGCUUUGUGUGAAAAUUAAAAGAAAGUUAUAAUUAUUUUCCUUUCCCUUAAACUAAUUUAUGUAUGUAUGUAUGUCCGUACGUAUGUGUGUGUGCAAAAAGAUAAUGAAGUAUGAUUCCUAGUUAUAGAGUUUGUUAUGUUGUAUAUUUUAUGAAUUGUCAUUGUUUUUUAAGUUGCCUAGUUAUUGGCCAUUUUGUAUUUCGAAGUUAAAUGUAUUAUAUUUAAACAGCAACACAACAGAAUGAUGAAAAAUACUUGUACUAUAUUUGAGCCACAUAAUUAAUUAUUAUUACUAUUAUUAUUAUAGCAAGUAUUCCAUAUUAAACAAGAUAAUAAAUAAUA